AAAUUCUGGUUUAGGUGGACUUUUCAAGAUUUUUUUCUGAUUUACUGUGGACAUUCUGUUUUGGUGGACCCAAAAAGUCCACGUAAAAAUAAACGCACAGAACACCUUUUAGCUGGACGUAAACGUAUCCGAAAGAACAAGUCUGUUUCGGUGGACUCAAAAAUUGUCCACCUUAGGCGCCAUCUAUCUCUAAACUAAAAAAUUUGAUGGUUCGUAGUUCCAAUAUCUGCCACAGACGGCGCUACCAUCGGCUGGCUCUGUGUUGAAGCUCGGCUGCGCACGCCUUGAUCAGCGCGGGCUAGCGCGGGCAUGCAGCAAAAACGUAACAUGAUAUGAUUUAUAGUGUGGUCUGUGGAAUGUGAAGCGAUCAAAAUAGACGUUUGUUUUAUUUUUUAAAAAGUGUAAAAAUAAAUUAAUUAUAUCAUGUAUCUUAGAAACCCGUGAAUAGAGUAUGAUGAAGUUUUGUGUAGUUGCAACAACACUGUUUUUUGUUGCGGUGUUAUCGGCGCGGCACGGCUCACCACGUGGCGGUGUCAGUGUUGGGAUUUGGAAGAGAUAAAGAUUUGGGUGGUACUAUUUUGUGUUUUUUUUUGUGCUGGGAGCUUUUUGAAGUCUGUGAGGAGCGUCAAAUGCAGUCGGCGCUACGGCUGGCCGUGUCAGCGACCCACCGGCUCGGCCACGGCCAACAGGCAGCCGGCUCCGACGUCAAGUAGGCGCUACGGUUCCUGACGCCAGCAGGAGCACUUGACCAGCAGCUCACCGCCACCGCACAGGACCUGGCACAGCUCGGCACAGGCAUGCACAUUGACCCAGCAGUGGUGCAAGAAUGCGAAUGGCACGUCAGUCACCAGAUCUGCAGUGAUGUCGCCCGGCUCUGACGAUGGCGCACAGCCGCCGUGUCCGCGGUCUCCGUCGCCGCCGCGGUAUGCGGCGCUGGGCGGCGACUCGUACAUGUCGCGGUCUCGCCAUUGGGGGCCGAACGAUUCGCGGCUCCCGCCGACCCCGCCGGCGAGCGUGGCGUGCAACUCCUGGUGAACGGCACGCAGGUCACCGGUGGCACCAGCCUACAUCUUCUGGGGGUGACCUUCGACAGACUUCUACAUUUUAAAGACCACUGCGACUCUCUGCGGCGGAAGGUCCGGCCGCGGACGGCACAGCUGCGGAGGAUGACCGGCCGGACCUGGGGUCUCCGCGAGGCGCAGCUCAGGACAGUCGCGAACGGGUAUGUCCGGGGAGCCCUUGAAUACGCGGCGGGUGCCUGGCUCCCGGCCGCGUCCCCGUCACACGUUCAGCUGGUGGAGCGCGAGCUGCUGGCGGCCGCCCGGGUGGUGACCGGAUGCCCACGGUCCACCCCCAGGGAUCCCCUGCUGGCCGAGGCAGGCAUCCCUUCAGCAUGGUCCACCAGGAAGACGCUGGCCGCGCGAACGCUCUGCCGAGCGCUCGCCCUGCCGGAGGACGACCCUCUUCGCCGCGUCGCGGACGCCGACCCACCCACUCGACUGCGGUCUACCACCGGCUGGCGACAACUGGGGCGAUCGGCGCUGAUCGAGGCGGGCGCCGAGGGAGUGACGGUGGAGCCGCGCCUCGAGGUUCCCCUCCUCCCGUGGACAACCUGCCGCCCGAUCGCCUUCAAUCUGGACGUGGGACCCGGCGGUCGUCGAGCCUCCUCCAACGAGACGCGACGAGAGGCCGCGCGGCAGCACCUGGCGGCGCUCCCAGCCCAGGCCACGUGUAUUUGGUCCGACGGCUCUGCGGACGCUGGGGUCAGGCGAGGAGGGGGCGGCGCCGUCAUCUUUACCGCGUCGGGGGAGACUCUCGAGGUGGAGGUGGCGGCGGGAGGCCUCUGCUCCAGCACCCGUGCGGAGCUGUUCGCCCUGAGGGCGGCGCUGGAGCGGGUCCGGGAUGAGCCGUCCCCCGCCCCGCUGGUGGCGUGCUCUGACUCACGAGCCGCCCUGAGCCUCCUCAGCGCGGGAGCGGCCGCCCAGACCACCACUAUCGGCGCGGCGAUCUGGAGGACGCUGCUGGACAUUGCCGAGCGCCGGCAGGUGACCCUGCAGUGGGUCCCUGCUCACUGCGGGCUGGCGGAGAACGAGCGCGCUGACGCCCUGGCCAAACAAGCGGCCACCCUGCCCCAGGGCGCCGUGCCCUCGGACGCUCGGUCCCUGACACGGGCAGUUCAUCGGACGGCCACACGUCAGUGGCGCGAAAACUGGCCCGACUCCUUUUUUAAGACUAUCUUCGGGAGCACCCUGCCGCUCCCCAUCCCCGGAGAGGACCGAGAGGCCGCCAUCUCGGUGCACCAGUUGAGGGCGGGCCACUGGGGCCGCUCGCUCGAAUACCUGCACCGGAUCGGCCGCCACCCCUCCGUGGCAUGCCUGCAGUGCCCCGAUAAGCGGUGCCCCGCGGCGCUCUGCGCCGUGUGCCGGGAGGAGGCGGACGUGCCGGAGCACGUCUUGCUCCGCUGCCCGGCCCUCGCUGGCGCCCGCCUGCGGCGAACUGGCAGCAUUUACGUCGACCCGUCGCGGCUGCGGGACGCCGACCUGGUGGCUGCCUUGGAGGCCGGCUACCUUCGCCAUAGGGAGCCUCUCGGCUAUGGUCCUCCGUAAGGAGGUCCCAGGGGGAACAACAACAACAACAACAACCCCGCCGGCGACGAGUUUCCUCCGGCGAGUCCUGCGCCGUCUGGCGUGGUCGACGCUGCCCGGGAGGUUCCUGGCUGGCAAGCUGCUGCUGUGUCUACCGACGCACAGAGUUUUGUCGUGGCUGUGCUGUCCGCGGCCGUGCUCCACGGUUGCGACGUCUGCGGCCAAGCUGCCCGCUGCUGAGCUCCGCGGCCGAGCUGCCAGCGGCCGCGCUCUGCGGCCGUGCUCUGCGGUCGUGCUCUGCGGCCGUGCUUCCCGUGGCUGGGCCCUCCGUGGUCCCGUGAUCGUGGCCGCGGCGAGGGUGCCGCGACCUGCGCGGUGCCGUGCGCUGCAGUGAUGGCGCCGCGCACUGUGCAGUGAUUGUGCCGAGCGCUGCGUACGCGGUGGGUGCCGCGCGCCGCGCUGUUGAGCGUGCCGUAUUCGGACGGUGGCUGCCGCGCGCAGCGUGGUGAUUGCUGCGCUCUGCCAUGAGUGCCGCUCACUGCCGUGGCCUGAGUGCCGCGCUCGGACGGAGUGCCACGCGCCGUUGUGUUGCGUCGCCUUCUGCCUUUUGAUAUGUGCUAUCUCCGAAUUUAAUGUUGCUUGUUGCCGAUGUUCGCUUCUUUUCGUUAAGAGGGUCGGGUAUAGUCGGUCGAUUUAUUCGCACCGUUUGAUUUCGUACCGGCUUCUCUUCUGUUUCUUAUUGUUUUCUGCGAUGUCACUUGUCCGAUUUUAUAUCUGAUUAAUUCACGUAUUUAAGUAUUUAUUUUAUAUUGUCAUAAUAACUUACGGCGCUGUUCCUUUAUUUUCUGUUUAGUUGCAGCCCUAGUACCUUAAUUUCCGAUGUCUCUUCGGUUUGUUGUCGCUCGCAUGUUCAGAGAGUCCUGGUUGGCCGGCGCGAGCGGCGGUUGUGGAAUACAAGCUCGUCUGUGAA